CAGAGUUGCCAGAAUCAGAAGAAAACCCUCGUGCAAGUGCUACCCGGCUUCACGAAGGUCUGAAGGGGAAAGAGCGAAACUUGUCCACUAAUUCCAACGCUUCUAUAUUGUUAAUGAGAACAUGACUGACUACUUCUCAUCUUACCAAAAGCUUUUGGUUUGACAUAGUAUGUGCGCAUCUCGUAAAUCUUCGGUGAUCCUGUAGCCUGACCAAAGAUGGGUGAGGUGGACAGCAUUUGACCGUGAAGCCAUGUACCAAGGGCGACCUGACGACCUACAGUUUGGCGUAAGCCACGCAAACCACGCAAGCCUGAUCCAAUAAUCGCAGCCAUACAACUUCCACAGCUCUACUUGAGUUUAAAAAAGCACACAAUAUUAAUAAUCAGCCAACCAACAAGAAGUGAAUUUUUCCGUGCCCACAGCCAAUGUCAGCGGUGAUAUUUACGAGGACGCGGGCUCACGGGUUUCAAUGAAAAGGAUUGGGAACAAAUUAUAGAAAAUAGGAAGUUUACCAACACUUUUAUUGCCGGCGUUUCGAAGUAUUUUGUUCAGAAAAUGGCUUUGGUUUCCGAUCCUGAAACGCAAAAAGCCAUUGAAAAUGAACUAGAGAUUGUUAAGAAAACGCUGGCCGAAAAAGUGGUGGGAUCUGAGAUUAUUUCAUGUCAUCUGGUGGCUGUCAAUGUACGAAUCACGAGAACGAAAUUCAAGAAUGUCAUCGUCCUUCUGCAAUUUCCUGAGAAAUAUCCCAACAGUGGCAUUCUUGUGGAACUGAAAAGCAAAACUUUACCCCCAAGGCUGUUGUCCAAAAUGAUGGAGCUUUGUGAUCAGGAGGCCAAGAAAUUUCUGGGCAAGCCUCAGGUUAUCCCUAUGCUUAUAUUUGUGAGGAGAUUUCUUGAUGAGAAUCCUUUGAUUGCAUGCUCUGAUGAACUGCAGUAUGUCAAGUCAAAGUUACUAUCAGACACUGAUGAACUGAAAAUAAAACAGAAAGCUGGAGUACUUAAUAUACGUAUAAAUCAAGACAAAUAUCACUUGGAUGUGAAGAUAACUGUUCCUGAUGACUAUCAUUCUGCUGCUGUAAAGAUAGAGCUCAAAGAUUCAAACUUUCCUGAGAACUUAGUAAGAGUAUUUAUUGGUCAAGCUGUCGACAUGGCAAGAACAUGUGUUGAGGCACCUUUGCGACGUAGACCCAAAGAUCCACCAUUUGAACCAAAGCCAUCCUUAAGGCUAGUGUGUGAUUUCCUAGUUGAUCAGUGUGCAAGACCAUGUCCACAGCAAAGAUGUCCAAUUUGUCAAAAAAGAGCUCUGCCUGAAGAACCAAAGGAAGCUGUUACAGAACCCACAGAUCAUCAAUAUGUUGAGCGUGUUUACUGCAGUCAUCUAUUUCAUUAUGGAUGUCUGGACAAAUACAUGAAAACACCUCCUUUUCAAGGUGGAAAGAAAUGUCCAGCAUGUAAACAAGUUAUUUAUCACGAUCGUUGGAAAGUAACACCAAAACUUGCAGAGGAAAGAUGGGCACAUCACGAAGCUAAAAAAAGAGAACUCUCUGAAGUUGUGGACUUCUUGGGAGACUGCCUUUGACAAAAUUUUAUGCAAUUCUAAAUGACAAACCAAAUUGUCCCAAAAUAACUAAAUUCAAUUCCUCGAGAAUGGUCACGAAUGGAGACAUUUAGUAACUACACGAUCAACUUACUGAUAGAAUACCUUAGACUGGUUUGUUCGAAACCCAAUUGACACUAUUGGUGGACUAAGCGAAUUCAAAAUGUUUAGGCAGGUAUGUUGUUGAUAAGCGCUAAUCCUACUUCGACUAACAAUUCGACUCGGAAGUACUAUUCUAAUGAGACAACAGAAGCUCAGCUAAGUCAGGUGUAAAGAUAGGUUGAUGGGCCAGAGAAAGGAAUAUCAGCGGAUCUCAGUCAUUGAGUGGUUUAUCUUAUAACGAAGUAAGACUACAGUCCUACAUUUCCAAUAGAAAACAUAUAACCUAGGCUCCGACAACACUUAUUCGUUUUAAAAGAAUCCCUCUCAAUCCCAGACCAAAACGACGUAAGAUAUUUACGCGCAGACUGGUGCUUUCGUUUUUCUCUCACCUGUCCACGCUACUGGGUUUCCGUUCGAUAACGACUUUAUGCUUUUUCACCCAUCUUCCUUCCUAAAACGCCCGGAAUGCAGAUAAAAGCGGCUGUAUUCACUUGUCCGCACAAGUAAUGGAACGUUUAAAAAAAAAAACGCGCUCUUUAAAACAUUCUACUAUUUCAUUAGUGUGUCCGGGCGUUUAAGUAUGGGCGAGAGGAAAGACGCAUGAAGAUAUCUGCAAUCAGUUCAAUAAACUGGCUAUCUUCUGUCGUUCUGUUGCUGACCAAUACACAAGUAGACCAAAUGGCUUGAUUUGACUUAUGCAUCCUACACGGAGAUGAAACUGUUAACGGUGUGCGAAGGAAAUCUUUCCUUCUUUACCUUGGGCCCGUUUCUCGAAAGUCACAGAGCCUGAGCCGUAUUUUGAAAUCUAAACGUGAUGUUAAAGUCGUGCAUAUCCUAGCUUAUGGUAUUAUAUCUUAAGUUUCAAGACUAUCUAUAUCCCAUUCUUGAAUGUAAAUGCGGCAAACAGGAGACAACUAUCGGGACCAGUAACUAUUGGGACUUUCAAGUAACGGGCUCCAGAUCUGUUUACAUCAUUGCGUUAGCUUUUAAGUUCCGAUAAAUGUGCUUUUAAAUGUUACGGGAUACGAACCUGGUACAUCAUUACUGAAGUGAAAUAGAUCACAGCGUAUCAGUAUGAACCAGCCAUAGAGUAAAAACUGAAAAGUAACGUGAAGUGCUCUCAAUUCUCGAAGGUAGCAUAGUAAUGAUUUUAAUUAUCUUGGACUUGAUAAAGUGUAAUGAAAGAAUUUUACAACAAAAAUGAAUUUUACAACAAAAAUGAA